GCGUUUCCAUACCAAGGCACUGUUUGGUGAACUGCCACCUUUAUUAACUGCCGUGAAGAUCUGCCGGGAAAUGCCUACCAAAUAAUUGAUAACCAGCACCACAAUUUGUCAACUCAAACGCAUCGAGCUUCGAGGCGCUACGAUGGCCGAAAACGUGAAAGUGGUUGUUCGGUGCCGACCGAUGAACAAACGUGAGCAGCAAUCGUGUUGUAAGAGUGUUAUUCAAAUCGAUAAUGCCGCGGUUAACUUGGACAAUCCAAAUGAUCGCAACGCACCGCAGAAAUCGUUUCAGUUCGACAAUGCGUAUGGUUAUGCUGCAACAACGGAAAACAUCUACAGCGACAUAUGUUAUUCACUCGUUGAGAGUGUUCUUGAGGGAUAUAAUGCCACUAUUUUCGCUUACGGACAAACGGGUUGCGGCAAAUCGCACACAAUGCAGGGAACCACUUACAACAUGUCGGCAGCCGAUCCUAAUAAUGCCAACAAUAUCGGUAUCAUACCCCGAUCCUUUGAGCAUAUUUUUGAAGCAAUAUCGCUGGCCAACGAGGUGCGCUAUCUGGUGCUGGUUAGUUAUCUGGAAAUUUAUAACGAAACGAUACGGGAUCUACUGCAACCAGCACAAUCAUCGCCAUCGGGUACGGGUACGGCGAGUAGUUUGCCGAUCAAGGAAGUGCCGGGAGAAGGCGUUAUGGUUCAGAAUCUAUCCCUCCAUGCUGUCCACGGAAUGAAGGAGUGCAUUGAGCUGCUAGAGUUGGGCGCUAAAAAUCGAAUGGUUGGAGCGACACUCAUGAACAUCGAAAGCUCCCGUUCGCACUCGAUCUUCACCAUCAGCCUGGAGCAGAUGUCGACCAGCGUUACGGGUACCGAGGGAGCCGCAAUCAAGCGUGGCAAACUGAACCUAGUCGAUCUGGCCGGCUCCGAACGGCAGAGUAAAACCGGUGCUACAGGUGACCGGUUGAAGGAGGCGACGAAAAUUAAUCUUUCCCUUUCCGCCCUUGGCAACGUGAUAUCGGCACUAGUAGAUGGAAAAACCAAACACAUUCCUUACCGGGACUCGAAGCUGACGCGCCUUUUGCAGGAUUCGCUGGGCGGCAACACGAAAACCCUGAUGAUCGCUUGCAUCUCUCCGGCAGAUUACAAUUACGAUGAGACACUUUCUACGCUGCGGUACGCAAGUCGUGCCAAGAAUAUCGCAAAUAAACCACGCGUCAACGAGGAUCCAAAGGAUACGAUGCUGCGCGAGUAUCAACAGGAGAUCAUGCGCUUGAAGGAGCUCCUGAAGGAAACGCCAUACAGUCCCACGGAGAAUGGUUUCAGUGAGGCAAGGUUCGACGAGGAGAAACAAUCUUUAAAGGUACAAUACGAUCAGGAGGUAACGCGGCUAAGGCAAGAGUAUGAACAACAGAAGAUCGCCAAACAGGAACUGGUGAAAGAUAUUGAAAAGAUCAAAUCAUACUACGAGCAGCAGAUGCAACACCUUACAUCGAAAAAGUUGGUCGAGGCAUCGGAAAACAGGGAACCAACGAAUGGUAUUUCUAGUGGUAAUCGCAAGGAGAUCUACGAACGCAUAAAGCAGAUCAAAGAUGCUCUCGUAGGAGGCGAGCGAGCGAACGACAUUCAGCUGAAAGAGAAGCGUUACCGCAAUAAGCGCGCAUCGGAGAAGAGAAUCAACGCACUGGCACAAGCAUUGGGCAAGAUCGAGCAAACCGAAGAUCGCGAUUUGCUACAGGGUCAUUACACCGACACGCAGCAGGAGCUGAAGAAGCGCUACGAUCAGAUAAGAGCACUUCGCAAACGCACCAAAGCCCUCGAACAAGAAGUAUCCGACAUUGAAGGAGAGUUUCAGCGCGAACGGGAUGAUUAUCUUGCCACCAUUCGACUACUGGAGAAGAAGAUUCUGUUCUACGAAGCCGUAUUCCACAAAGCCAUGCCAGUCCUGAGGAAGGACGGACGGUACUGGAAUCUGGAGUCCUUGGAAAAGGAGUCCGAAUGGAGUGACGAUCUGCGUAAGUGGCGUUUACCGGAUGAUGCAUUAUUGCGCCUGCGAUUACCACCGGCCGAAUCGCCACCGCCCGAGGAAGCCCCCCCGGGUAAGGGGUCUGGUCGGGAAAGUCAAACCUCGCUCACGGCACCCGGGCGAUUGGAGCGGAGCUCAACGAUGAUCCUUGCCAAAUUGCCACAGUUUGAUCGGGGAACUCACACGCUACCACGACCUGAAGACCAACCGUUACCAGUACCACCGCGGAAGGAAUUUCUCAGCAAAAGCACCAACUCGAAUCCAUUUCCGAAGAUUGAAGAUGUGGCGCUGGCUUACUUUCGACCGCGCCGUGCUGCCGAACUGGUGUAUAAAAGUGGCUGGCGUACUAUUCAGAAGUGAUGUUUCGAUAGCCUUCAUUUUGAAGUCGCUACACUUUUUAACAAUGUUAAAUGAUAUUUAUUUUAUAACAAAUAUUAUCGUUCCCAAAAC